AUGCACGGCUUGUCAAUCAAAACCGUAAAUGAUCUGAUCAGAGCACUGCCUGUUGGAUUUCCUAUCCUGUUCUCCACAGGUGCCAGCUGCACUGCAACAAGUGAGCAAGAGCCUUCAGAACAGCAGCUCCAAAGUACUUCCACUCCAGGCAAUGAAUCCGACAACACCUCGGCCAGUUCAAUUUCUAAGUCCAGAGUUUUCAAGGAUACAACCGGCCGCUUUACUACUUUCAUGAAUCAUCCUGAAAUCAUUCGAAUAAUCGAUGAGUACUUUGGAUAUCUGAGUCUUGCCCAACAUGGAGACUAUCUAAGGAAUAGACAUGAGAUUCAUGAAGUUGUGGCAAUGAAACUGUACUGA